GUGCAAAGCGGUAUAUUCAAAAAUUUCACAUCAGUAUUUUCUUUUUGGGCAAGCAUUUUCGCCUGAAUAUUCAUGGAUCUUCGCUACCACUUCAUAUAGCGUUUCGAAUUUCUCUUUUUCUAAAUUCGGUAAUUUUUUAUCAUAAGAAUGUUCUCUGGCCCGGAAAGUCGUCUUGGUUGUUCGAGCAUAUGUGAUGACCAAUCCGUUUGCCGAGACUAUUUGCGAAACGUCUGUAAACGAGGUAAAAAAUGCAAGUUCAAACAUCCAUCUUCUGAAGAGUGUGAAAGAUUACGUCGAUUUGACAAAACUUUCUGCCAUGAUUUUCAAAAUUCAACAUGUCGCCGACCAAACUGCAAAUUUUUACACUAUACAAAAGAGGAAGAGGAAAUAUUUCGACGCACUGGUUAUUUACCCAACGAUGUACAGUGGUCAUAUCGUCCUGCUUCAAAUACGUUUGAUGAAAAAACUCCAAUUUGCAAGGACUUUACCAAUGGAACUUGCAACCGAGGAUCAAACUGUAAAUAUCGACAUGUCACUACAUCUCAGGAAACAUUAAAUCCUGGUUUCUUUAGUCAACCCAACUUACAAGAAAAUGGUUUUAUCAAUACAAAUGUAUCCACUAAACAUUUUGAUCCUUCUUUGAUAAAUAUUUCAAAUCCGACUAAUAAUAUAUCUCCAUUUGGUCAGUCAUCUAUUAUUAAUAGGGCUGUAAUUGUAUCACCAAACGAUCCGAUUCUAAAUCCCGUGAGCAAUGCUUAUAUUCCUGUGGCAUCUUCUCAUUCAAUUGUUGGUCUUAUUGGUAAUACAUCCACAGGACAGCCUACAUUGUAUACUCAUUCUUCGCUUGUUUCAAUAACAAGUGCACCUCAUAUUACUCCUUGUUCUUCCGUUAUCACAGUUAGUCCUGAUCCUAAUCAACAUCCGAAUAUGCUACAUCCUCAAACUGCUUUGUCAGCACCUCAUGCAACUUAUCAUAUUGUUCCACAUGAUGCUUCGCAACAUCACCAUCAUCAUCUGCUUGCUACCAGUUCAAGUCAUUCACAUGCUCCUACUCUGUUAACCAUUCCUUUGUCUCAAUUCGCUUGUAAUGUCAGUAAUAAUAGCUUGAUUCAAUCUCAAGCCGCUAUUGCUUGUUCUACACAACAUCGUGCUGUUGUAACUGGUGUUUUACCAGCUAAUUCAACAAUAUCAACUGCACCUGCAACAUAUUUUCCGUCAUAUGGCGUGCUUCACAUCAAUCAACCAUCCUUAGAAACACAUGAUCAGCAACAGCAUCAACAAAUUACAACGGAAAUGCACAAAGAAGCUUGUAAAACCAAAAUAUCCACUACAACAACUACACCAGUUACUGCCAUCACAACAGCCACGACUUCUGUUGCCUCUUCUACAACAGCUGUAUUAGCUGCAGCAGCUGCGGCUGGCUACAUUGCACAACACCUACCAGUUAUUGGUUCCACUAAUAUAUCUGAAAGUGGUACAAUUCCUCAAGAUAUCAAUAACAAUCUUCUAUUGAAUCAAUCAAAAGGCGUUAGUGUUCAUGAAUCAGCAUUGGCAGCAGCAGCCAGCUUGCCAACAGUAUCAGCGGCUGCAGCUGCAGCAGUUGCUGCCGCCGCCGCAUUCGCACGUUCAACUUCCAUUACUCAAAAUUCUAAG